AUGGCCGCCUUGUUCGCAGUGGCGGUGCUGGGCGCCGCCGCCGCCGCCUCCAACGUCGAGACCUUCUUCCAAGAGAACCGUCGCCUGGCAAAAGCGACGGUGGAAGCACUCCAAGACUCCAAGUUUGACGAAGAGCUACUGUUCGACCUGAAGAAGGAAAACCAGGUGUACCUGAACCGGACCAUGUCGCUGGUCAUCAAAUAUAUUGUCAAACGCGAAGUAGACAAUUACCGCUCGCGGCGCACCGAUGCAAUCAGCCGGAGAAUCUACUCCUCACUCAUCAUGAAACUUAUCGAUAUUGCCAAGGACCUACCCCGCAACACGACGGCUCAGAACCGCAUCGACACAGCACACCGCUACUACAUGUCAGUAGAGAGCAGGGACAUGCACGACCAGAUGGCUGAUGUCCAGGUGUUCCAUGCCUGCGCCAGGCUUUACGAUAUCUUGUUCACUGCCCCUAGGAUCCUAGCUCAACUAGGAAAGCUAGACGACCUGACUCCAAGGAUCUUGGUGAGGAAGCUGAAGGAUAUGGAGAUCAAACCAGUGCAUCUUGCAAUAGCACUGCUCAUACAGUACCAUCUCCGCAACACAGUCAACUUCGCGAUCAGAUCCAAGUCUUUAGAAGUUCUGUCUACCAAGCCGCAGAUGGUGGGUCCCCAAGUGAUAGACAUGUUGAAGGCACUCGCUUCCAAAUUCCUGCCCAUUGCUGAGCUGCUGGACAUCCACCUGGCGCACUCCAGCCCAGCCUUCAAGGACACCUGUCCUAACACUUGGCUUGGAAUUGUUAAUAACAAACAGGCUUAA